AUGAGUGACAACGGUCUGUUAAUGCUGGAGCCCGUGCAGCCGGUGGGGUUCGAUGUUGUUCCCCCAGAGGAGAAUCCAAGGCCGCCGUGCUUGUCAAAUUAUAAGGAGAAUGAGGUCGUCAAAGGUGAUGAGGAGGAGCCGCUUGUUCAGUCGGCCGAGUGCCGCAUUUGCCAGGAUGAAGAUUGCAUUAAGAAUCUCGAGACUCCCUGUGCCUGCAGUGGUAGCCUCAAGCAUGCACAUAGGAAAUGCGUGCAGCAUUGGUGCAACGAGAAAGGCAAUAUAAACUGCGAGAUCUGUCAUCAGCCUUAUCAACCUGAUUAUACUGCUCUUGGAUGCGUCCAAACUGAAGAAACCACUAUUGAUAUUGGGUAUUGGAGUCUGGACAAUCUCCAGCCCCCUCUGAACUUGCGUGAUCCUCGUCUCUUAGCCAUUGCAGACGCAGAACGGCAAUUUUUGGAAACCGAGUAUGAUGAAUAUGCUGCAUUAAAUGCCAGUGGAGCUGCAUUCUGUCGUUCGGCUGCUCUAGUUUUAAUGGCGCUUCUGCUAUUGCACCAUGCAUUUGAUGUUCCAGAUGCUGACUCAGACGAAGAUGUGUAUACCGUCUUCUCUGCAAGUUUUUGCGAAAGCUGAAUUCCGGUAUUUCACAUACACACUUCUGAAGCAUCUGUAUUGUACUCAUCAUCUCAAUUGGAGCCAUUUCUUCUUAGAUUGCAUGGUUUCAUGUUUCAGAUUUUCUUGUUUCGUGCUGCUGUAAUUCUCCUACUAUGCUACAUCAUGGCUUGGGCCAUCAGUGUAUUACAGCGACGAAGGCAAAGACGGGUUAUUCUCGGAUUACUUCUACUUCCAAUUUGAAAACUUCAUGUUUGUUUCUCUUCCUGAGGAGGCCCGGUUCUCUAUAUCUUUUUUAACCACCCCUCCUUCGCAUAUUUCUUCAGACCUUGAAAACCCACCAUAUUUCUUCAGAUAGUUUUUACAUUUGUAUCAUAUCAGCAUAUCAGUAUCAGGGUGCGGCUGGGGCUGCAACAGAGGUUGCACUUGUGCUGCAAUCCGGGCAACAUGGUAACUACAGUAACUUCUCAGCAGGUUAGUGUUUGAAACAUGAAGCCCUGCACUUACAUUAUAUUGGUAGUUGAUGAACAAUGAUGAUCGUUCCUGUUUAUUCUUGUCCGAUCGAUGAAUUUUUUUAUUUUCUAUCCAUCUGCCUGAACUUAGUCCAGUCAUAUUAAAGAUGGAGAUGAAUCAAUCUGCUUCAGUACUAGCCUGGAGCCCCUACGCCUAAUAAAAGAUUUUCCAGGUAUUCCCCACCCAUAUAGUCAAUGUCCACAAGUUCAGUUUAAUUCUAAAAGAGCCCUAGCUAGAGAAAUCCUUUUACCAUCCGAGAAACCCGGCCACCAACCACCCCUUAUGCGCCGAUGGCUAAAGUGUCCUGGGGCAUGGCACCUAGCUCAGCUGGAGAGGCCUAGCCUGAUCUGAGAAGUGUUAGUUCGGUUCCUUGUGUCUUGUAUAUGAGCUCUGCUCUCAUUCUCUGUAUCUUGAUUUUUCAAUUUAAAUUAAUUUUCUUUCAAUUUUUUCACAUACCGGAAUCUGGUUAGUCCGAGUUGUGUUGUGUGGUGAAGUAGGGAGGAAUAAACAAGAUGAAGCACCAAAUUGUCUUUUGUGUAUCUACUCUUUAUUUACGACGUUGGAAUAACAUUUUGGAAUUGUUAAAAAUGUGAAAUGCUCAGACUCCACUAGUUGGUCACAUCAAUGGAUGCCCAAACACUUGGUGGUAAUCUCUUAUGAAGCAAAUGCAGCAUAUAUUCUCACAUGCCCUCGACCACACUUGAUCAUCAUCUAUCAGAACAACCUUAAA